AUGAAUAUGCGAGUGUGGUUGGUGACAGCUGUCCUGAUGAUAUCGAUGAACGUGUCCAGUGGUAACAGCCACCCGCAAAAUAACCAAGGGAAAAAACAUAAAAAGAAAAGCAAGAAACACCGCAAAAGAACAAGCGAGGACAUUCCUGGCUUGGAUAUUGGGUCCCAGAUCUCCAACUCUGAUGAGCUGUGUCACAUCCUCACCAUUCACAGAUCUACAACCCCACCAAAGACUCCAGCCACCCCGCCGCUCAACCUGUCUCAAAGCCCCCCCGAUCUCGAGCCCCCCGCUCCGAGCCCACACUCCGUGCCUAUAUCCAUACCCAUAACAGUGCUUCCUUCACCUAGCGUAGUAUCAUCUCCAGAGUCACUUUCCACUCACAUUGCACCUUCACUGGGUUUACCUCCCGUGCUCUCCUCAACCCCUCCCACUCCGCUGGCCACAUCCAAUCAGACCACACCCCCGCAUACACUGAGCCCACCGCCGCCCGACUUCACCCCUCCUCCAGCCGAACUGCUCGGGUCAGAUGACGAGGAACAGGAAAAUCCGGCCGAUUACUGCAAAGGUGGAUAUUACCCUGUGAAGAUUGGAGAUCUGUUUAAUGGCAGGUACCAUGUUGUAAGGAAGCUUGGGUGGGGUCACUUCUCCACGGUGUGGCUGUGCUGGGAUCUGCAGAGGAAACGCUUUGUGGCUCUGAAAGUGGUUAAAAGUGCCCAGCACUAUACUGAGACAGCCCUGGAUGAGAUUAAGCUGCUGAGAUGUGUACGAGACAGUGAUCCUACAGACCCCAAACGGGAGACAAUAGUCCAGCUUAUCGACGAUUUCAAGAUAUCUGGUGUCAACGGUGUCCAUGUUUGCAUGGUACUGGAGGUGCUUGGACAUCAGCUGCUAAAAUGGAUCAUAAAGUCCAAUUACAUGGGCCUCCCUCUGGUCUGUGUGAAGAGUAUUCUGCGACAGGUUCUCCAAGGCCUGGAUUACUUGCACACGAAAUGCAAGAUCAUCCACACAGACAUAAAGCCGGAGAACAUCCUGCUGGAGGUGAAUGAGGUGUACGUGCGCAGGCUGGCGGCCGAGGCCACGCUGUGGCAGCGGGCGGGGGCACCGCCCCCCUCAGGCUCCUCUGUUAGCACCGCCCCAAGGGACAAACAGACGGGCAAGCUGUCCAAAAACAAAAAGAAGAAGAUGAAACGCAAGGCCAAGCGGCAGCAGCGGCUGCUGGAAGAGAGACUGCACGACCUGCAGAGGAUGGAGGAGCUGGACGGCCUGUCCUCCCCCGACGCCACCGCACACACACGACCGCUCUGGAAACUCUCCGAAGACGGCCGAGAAGACGCUGUAAUGAAUGGGAAUUGCAACUGCUCCGCAGGAGGUCCUAAAGACAGCCCAGAGUCGGGCUCCUCGUGGCCGGAGGAGAGCUGUAACGGUCACGGGCCCAUGCGUUUCUCCAGCCCUGGAUCGGGCCUGUCCGGCAUGUCUGGCUCCAUCCUGUCUGCUACCUCUGAGUCAGCCCUGUCCACACUGUCAGGCUACUCCACGGGUGGAGACAGCCAGCGUUCCCUCUUCUCCCCUAACGCGUACAGCGCGGCAGAUUUCCUCGUGAAUCCGCUAGAGGCUCAGAAUGCCGAUAAGAUCCGAAUUAAGAUAGCGGACCUGGGCAACGCAUGCUGGGUGCACAAACACUUCACAGAGGACAUUCAGACCCGUCAGUACCGCGCGCUGGAGGUGUUGAUAGGGGCAGAGUACGGCCCUCCUGCAGAUAUUUGGAGUACAGCAUGUAUGGCAUUUGAGUUGGCCACAGGGGAUUACCUGUUUGAACCCCACUCAGGAGAGGACUACACACGAGACGAAGAUCACAUUGCUCAUAUCAUUGAGCUGCUGGGUCCCAUUCCUCCUCAUUUUGCCCUCUCUGGGAGGUAUUCACGCGAGUACUUCAACAGACGAGGGGAGCUGCGACAUAUCUCCAACCUGAAACCCUGGGGUCUGUUUGAGGUUUUACUGGAGAAGUAUGAGUGGCCCCUGGAGCAGGCGGCCCAGUUCAGUGACUUCCUCCUCACCAUGUUGGAGUUCAUCCCAGAGAAAAGAGCCACUGCAGCUCAGUGUCUGGAGCAUCCCUGGUUCAAUUCCUAA